GUGAGUAAACACUUGGGCCUCGGUGCGCGGCCACCAUUAUCUUGCUUGGGCAUAUUUGACCACUACGAUGGGCGGUUGAAGACUGACCACAAGACGUCCGUUGGUCACAACCUUAUUUGUCGAAGAUGGGACAUGUUUUUUUGUUUAGGAACAGAAUGAAAAUAUCAUUUUCUUAAUUAUUGUUGCUGUGGACGUUGGGGAAGGGAAUAAGACUUUCCUAAGUGGCUUUCAUACAAACUUAAUUCUUUAUAUAACAAGGCGCUGGAUGCCUUAUACCGAUGAUGACAUUAAAACGCGGAUCUCUGCACUGGUUUACCAGGCUGUGUGGAGUAAUUUGUCUAUUUCUGUGGAAUAUAUCAACCACCGUUAACGCUCAAGACUGGCCUUGUGGAUACAACAGUAGAGUAUGUACUGCCAUAGACUAUACGCAAGGGCAAUUCGCAGUUCCAGGCAAUUGCCGGAAGUACUUCAGAUGCGUCUUCACCGGAGAUGGGACAUAUAUAUGGGAGAAAAAUAACUGUGGCAGAAAAAGAGCUUUCGUCCCGCUUUACGGUCUCACAGGAUUUUGUCAGUUGAACGCGGAUUGUUCUCCCGUACCUUGCGCCACGCCAACAACCACAACGCCAACAACCACCACGCCAACUACCACACCAACUACGACGCCAACCACGACGCCACCGCCAAGAACCACCAUUCCGACCACAACCACCCCAAGAACAACGCCAACACCCAGAUCAACAUCUACAGUAUCAUCAACGUCUGUUCCAACACCGCCUUCAGACCCUCCAUCAAGCAGUCCAAGUAUAUCUCCGUUACCAAGCAACAGUUCAGGAAACUUUCCCGAAAGAACAGAGAAGCAAACCGGCGGUGUAGAUGGCGGUGCUGUCGCUGGCGGAGUGAUCGGCUCCUUGCUCGUGCUGGGUUUGAUCUUGGUGGGAUUUCUUUGGUGGCGGAGGAGGGAAUGGGUGCUAAGUAUCUUCGAGAGAUUGAAACUGAAGGACAAGGGAGGCGCUGUCGAUAUGCACGAUCCGAUGUACCGGGACUCCGAGAAAAGAGGAAUAGAAUCACCCACGUAUAUCGUUGAUUCUGAGGAUAUUUACACAGAACUGCCUGACCAAACUUACGCCAACGAUUCGCAACCAGAACCUCUCAGAACCAAAGCCACGAUCUUGGCAACAGCUCACAAAAACAAUGAAGUGCAGAAAAGUCCAGCUUUUGUGCACCGAGCUAAUUCAUUGUAUUCCGUCAACGACAAUGGCGAAGAAGAACCAGUAUAUCACUUUGCCGAUGACCCCCAGUCAGAACCAACAUACUCUUUGGCGUCAAACGACAAUCCUGCUUUUCCAGCAGACGACAACACUUCCGCGCAAGCGCACUAUGACCUGGCAGGUCACGUGGGAUCAGAUGACGUGUAUUAUGAUACGGUAGCUGAAACUUUAGCUGGAUAUUCAAUCAAAAGACACGACACGGGCACUAAAUCUAUGACACCUGAGCUGAAAACGAAACCGAAACAUCCUCCAUAUGCUAAGGUUCUGCGUAAACAAAGCAGUACGGAUGAAUCUGGAUAUAGCCAUCUUGUAGUGGCUGCAUCUGAACCUCACCCGUACAGUGAACUAGAACGCUCAACUGAGGUGUAUGAAAAUACUGCCCAGUUAAAAGAAAGCAGCGUCGCUUAGCUUUCACCGGCUGGUGAACUAUUAUUUGCUUUCCAUUCAUACAUUCCAAUAUUACUAGAAAAUAAUUUUAUACCACGUGCUGGUCACAUUGGGAUUUUAUACCUUAUAAAAACAGGGCAUAUUGAUAAGAUUUUUUUUUUUUUUUGAGAGCCGUUUAUAAAGGUGUGUCCAGUUAUUUUUCAUAACUUACAAUACUUUUUUCCAUAAUAAUCGAUUAGUGGUAGCAAUUUUAUUAGCCAUUUUCUAUUUGUCAAAUCAUCAAUAUAUUUCAAGGAAUAUAAAUCGAUCUUCCUUUUUAGUCCCUGCCUUUAGAUCUUUUGCUUAUGACUUCACAUGCCUUUUCCCCGUGACACAGGUCGCGCGCCGGACUGAUUUUUAACGUACAUGUAGUACAGGGUUUAUGGGAGAUAGCGCAAUGGACUUCCUUUCUGUCGAACCAUUGACUUAGGGCUCUUCACAAGCUGACAAAAGUAUCAAUAGUAUAUGCACCCUCAGCGAUUUUAUCGUACAAAGUCCCACUGCCAUGUUGUGUAGAUAUACAUGUAAUAGAUUAUAUACAUAUAUGUAUGUAUGUCUUAAA